UUUUCUUUCUCUUUCAUUCACUUUCUUCGUUGAAUCUUUCGUUAUUUAUUUUAUUUUAUUUAUAUCGUGAAUUUCAUUCAUUCACACAAAUUGAUUUUUUUUUCGUUUCAAUUUCAGUUUUUUCGAUACAGUUAAAACCUGAAAAUCCUUAUCCAAAAUGUCUGUCGAAGAAUUGACCAAAGAACAGGUGCAAAUGUUGCGAAAAGCAUUCGAUAUGUUUGAUCGUGAAAAAAAAGGACACAUUCAUACGAAUAUGGUAUCCACUAUUUUAAGAACAUUGGGUCAAACAUUCGAAGAAAAAGAUUUACAAACAUUGAUUACUGAAAUUGAUGCUGAUGGUAGUGGUGAAUUAGAAUUCGAUGAAUUCUUAACAUUGACAGCUAGAUUUUUGGUUGAAGAAGAUGCUGAAGCAAUGCAAGAAGAAUUACGUGAAGCAUUUCGUAUGUAUGAUAAAGAAGGUAAUGGUUAUAUACCAACAAGUGCAUUACGUGAAAUAUUACGUGCACUUGAUGAUAAAUUAACUAAUGAUGAAUUGGAUGAAAUGAUUGCCGAAAUUGAUACUGAUGGUUCGGGUACUGUUGAUUUUGAUGAAUUCAUGGAAAUGAUGACUGGUGAUUAAAAACGUUACACUCUAAAAAAGUUACGCCAAAAAUACAUUCAUCUGCAUUCAGACAACAAAA